AUGGGUAUCGCCAGUGAUAUCACGACCUACGGUCACUCGCCCGAUGAGGACGAUGUCAGCGCUUCCCUGUACGACGACGGCGAUUGCGACGGCGACGACGAUCUCGGCAACUUGGUCGCGCUUCCGACGAAGCGCAAGUCGUCGUCGGCCGCCAGCCGCAAAGGCCCGCAAGGCGCUGAUAAGCGUGCGUCGCACAAUGCGAUCGAGCGUGCGCGUCGCGAAUCUCUCAACGGUCGAUUCAUGGUGCGCUCGCCCGUGCACCUUGCUGUAAGAGAUUCAGCGCUGACACUCAAUGCACGCAAACUCCCCCACAGACCCUCGCUGAAGCUUUGCCUUCGAUGGCCAAAGUCAAGCGACCGUCCAAGAGCGUGAUCGUCAACAAGGCGCUCGACUUCGUCUUUGAGGCCCAGGUUCGUUGCGGCGGAAGAAGUAGCCACGUUGUAUGGUCGCAGGAACUGAUGUUGCCUCCGUGGUUCGACGGAACAGGUCAAAGAGUCCGCCUUGACCAAGGAGAAUGCUGAGCUUCGACGAGAAGUGAACGAGCUCCGCCAACAACUCGGUCUUCCCCCUCUUCCUCCCUCCAACGCCUCCGUCAACAAGAAGCACAGCGUGACCUCUCAACAUAGCUCGUCCGCCUCCGUCACGUUCGGAUCACCGCUCGACCUCACGAACUCAACGAGCCAGUUUGACAACCGCGCUGGCUCCUCGAUUGGUGGUUCGCCGCCAACCUCCUCCCGCCCCGACUCGCCCGCGAUCAAGAGCGAACAGUCCUUGGCCGCUCUCCAAACAUCAUCACUCACCUACCCCAUGGCAAUGCCGAUAACGACUUCGAUGUUCGCCAAUGCGGGCUCGCCCACAAACUCGCUAGUCGAUCCUUCGGAUUCGUUCUCUGCUUCGUCGCUCUCGGCCUCGUCGCAAAUGUCGUCCUCGGCCCCCGUUCACGCCGUCGCGACAUCGCCGUUCGCCUUGCAUCAGCAACAAAUGGCUACAAUGAGCAACAUACACGCACAUAACAUGUUGCCCGCGUCCUUCGGCUACCUCAGCCCGGAGAUGCUCCAGGCACAACAGCAGCAACAGCAGCAUGCACACGCCCAGCAACAGCAUCAGCAACAGCUCCUCUUUGCCGCCGCUUUGCAACAACAGCAACAGCAGUUGCAGCAGCAACACCCUCACGCCGGCUCAUUCGAUCUCUAUGGCAUCAACUCGGCCUUAUUGAACAACGCCUGGGCCGCCGGUUACGCCGGGCAUGCUUGA